AUGAUUAAACCGAUACCGACCGAAUGUCUACAAGAGAUAUUUGAACACCUCCAAGACGACGAGUGUUCACUAUUCACUAUUCUUCAGGUGAACCGUUUCUGGUGCAAAAACGUUGUGCCCAUAUUAUGGAGAAAUCCUUUCGAACUUUGUUCGAAAAGAGGUGGUUCACCUAACCUCGUGGAAACCUUAAUUUCUUGUAUGGACAUCGAAGCAAGAAAUCGUCUGAAACGUGAUUGCAAACCUUUAAAAAGGAAAUUUUCGCGAUCCCCACCGAGCUUCAACUACUCCUCUUAUUUGAGAAGGCUGACCACCAGUGACCUUUGGGAAGCAGUUUUAUUAUGGGUCAGUUAUAAAAAAAGUUGUGAUAACAUUCGACCGCAUACGAGAACAAUUUCGCCGGAUCAAAAAAUGAUCGCUGGUGUUAUAAAAGAAUUGGGAUUGCUUUUCAAUAAAAAUUGUCCAAAUUUUGAUCAAUUAAAGUUCAAUGCAGACCAUGAUGAAUUGAUUGGAUUUUAUCUAUUAUAUUGUUUACCACAUAUUCGAGAAUUCAAUUAUUCUGGGUGGGGUAAUAAAGAGAGAAAUUUCGAUGCCGCUUCAAAAUCACGUAAUUGUAGAAACUUGAAAAAAUUGGUGGUCGAAAAAAUUUCCGCCGAAUCAAAACAAAUCGUUCGUGGACUCAGAUAUGGUGGAAAUGCGAGGUUCGAUUACAACGAGAGAUAUAAGCGCCGUCAUUUUAGUUCACUAUUUAAUGAUGUUGUAUCUUCGUACACAAAUUUUAUUGACGAUGGAUCAGAGAAUGACUUGAUCAGCGGUACUUUGGAUCCAUUUAGCAUUAGCGUAGAAAAUCCAAAAUCCGAGCGAGAAUUAUUGUUAAAUCUAAUUAAAGUUCAACGUAGAUUAGAACUUGUUAAAAUAUCUUACAGCGACCUGAACAUGGAUUUCUUUUCGUCAAUCCAAACUCAAUCGAGAACCUUAUCUUGGCUGGAGUUCGACACCGUUUACUUCGACAAUAGCGUAACCUUAGAAUCAUUCGGAUUCUAUGAAAAUUUGGAGACGCUCUUAAUUAACGCGUGUCGCUGGGAGAAUUAUAACGAUCACCCAUUACAGCGGCAAGAUCAUUCUCGGGAAUUCUUGAAACCCCAAGGAUUCUCACCGUCCAAGUCUUUCCGUAACUGUAAUAUGAUGUUCCCAAAUCUUAAAAGGUUGAGCAUCCGUGGAACGAUAAUACCAAGCAAAGAUCUUUCAUCGAUAAUUAGGAAUUCCAACAAAUCGCUGACCAGUAUCUGUCUGAACUGUCAACAAGACAUCGACCUCCCGGUAUUGCGCAUGAUCAUCGAGCAUUGUAGCAACGUUCAAGAACUAGAAUUCUACUUGGACCGAAAAGACAUACUCGAAUGCUUCAUGAUGUUGAGUGGACUGGACAGCUUGAAAAUAUUACGAAUCUAUGAUGUUAAGAUUGACAGAAAUGUUGGCAUGAGUGGAGACGGUAAUACGCGGGAGACGGGCAACAAUGAUAUGGAAGACGGAGGUGACGAAAGUUACCUGGAACCAAGUAUGACUUUGCCAAAGGUGGCGAAUUUCCUACCAAAAUCUCUGCGUUGGUUAAGCUUUCCGAAGGCAUGGGUAUUCACGUUGAAGUCAUUGGAUGAAUUCUUUAAAAAUUGCAAAGUACCCUUGCAAAGGCUAGAAUUGCGAUAUCGUAUACCGAAUGAUGGUGUGGUGUUCGGUGGCAGGGGUUCCAAAGAUUAG